UUUUGUGUUGAAAAGAGUAAAACACAUCUUUUUUUUUCAAAUCCUCUUCACCUUCAAACUUUUCGCGUCUGCCGUGGCGUAUACGUAACAAUAGCAGAGAAAAGUGAAAAACUACAAGUAAAAUACCAUUGAAAGUAGCAAUUGAGUGCGCUAAAGUUAGCCCGCUCUUCAAGCUGAAAGCGAAUGCCGCUGCUCUACUUCGCUUUACAACAAUAUGGAUGGCGAAAAUCGGAUUAUACUCAAUGUGGGUGGGAUAAGAUAUGAAACUUAUAAAGCAACAUUAAAGAAAAUACCCGCCACACGUCUGUCCCGCCUUACCGAGGCGCUAGCCAACUAUGAUCCGGUUUUGAAUGAGUAUUUCUUCGAUCGCCAUCCGGGUGUAUUUACGCAGAUACUCAAUUACUAUAGAACCGGUAAACUACACUAUCCCACAGAUGUCUGUGGACCACUAUUCGAAGAGGAACUCGAGUUUUGGGGACUUGAUUCGAACCAAGUAGAGCCGUGUUGCUGGUCUACCUACAGUAUACAUCGCGACACGCAGAAUACUUUAGCCAUUUUAGAUAAAUUAGAUAUUGAAAAUGAGAAACCCUCUGAGGAGCAAAUUGCACGCCUAUUCGGUUUCGAGGAAGCGCUCAUUAAUGGACGACUCAGUUGUUGGCAGCGCAUUAAGCCGAAGGUGUGGGCGCUCUUUGAUGAGCCAUCCAGUUCGACGGGUGCCAAAAUCGUAGCUAGCAUGUCUGUUUUCUUUAUAUUCGUUUCUGUGAUAUCGUUCUGCCUGAAAACCCAUCCGGGUUUUCGUGUGGACUUUCCCGCCACUCACACCGAUCACGGCCCAUCAAGUCCGUCGGCUGUACCGCACACGCCACCCGUGAACAUACCGAGUAUACCUCAUCAGCACAAUAUGCCACCGGUGCCGCCGAGCGCUCAUAUAGCGACCACAGUGACGGCGGCACCGGGUACACGCAGCGGCGCUGUGGGCAAUAUGUCACCACCGAUGCAUCAUGGGAAUGGCGGCUUCGGUGGUGUGAAUGUUUCAAGUGCGAGCGGCAUCAACUAUACACUCGCGCACACCUUCAAAGUCACAAACUAUACGACGCCGGGAAGUGUUGGGAAUGUCAGUCAGCCAAUAGCGACAUUUUCGCUGAAGGGCAGCACAAUCGGCAGCACCACGAGCCGCAAUCGACUGAAACGUUCUAUACGUAAUGUGAAGGAUUUGAUUAAAGAGAAGUUGCUCGGUGGUGUCGAUCAUCAUGGUCAUGGUUGGCAUGAGUCGUACGGUCAGCCGCAUGAGGCUUUCUUCUAUGUGGAGUUGGUGUGUAACGUCUGGUUCUUCAUUGAGGUGCUCAUACGGCUGAUAGUUUCACCGAAUAUUUGGCAGUUCAUCAAAUCACCGGUCAAUAUAAUUGACUUCACCGCCACAUUGAGUUUCUAUACGGACGUCAUGCAACGCAUGGGCGAGUACACAGGUCUGUUGGAGGCCUUUUCAAUAGUACGCAUUAUGCGGCUCUUCAAGUUGACACGCCACUCGCCCGGCCUGCGCAUACUGAUACAUACAUUUAAGGCCUCGGCGAAAGAGCUCACGCUGUUGGUGUUUUUCCUAGUGCUCGGCAUCGUAUUCUUUGCGAGUUUGGCCUACUACGCAGAGAAACUGCAGGACAACCCAGAGAAUCAGUUUAAAAGCAUUCCGCUUGGCCUGUGGUGGGCUAUAGUAACCAUGACUACUGUCGGUUAUGGUGAUGUUGCACCUAAAACUUAUCCGGGCAUGUUUGUGGGCGCUCUGUGUGCACUCGCUGGCGUAUUGACGAUAGCGUUGCCGGUGCCGGUCAUCGUUAGUAACUUUUCCAUGUUCUACUCGCACACGCAGGCACGUUCGAAACUGCCAAAGAAACGUCGGCGUGUUUUGCCCGUGGAGCAGCCGCGACGCAAGCGCGAGCAGUGCCCGCCGACCCGUGGCCGUGCGAACGCCAUCAAACAAGCCACUUCACUGCCACAUGGCCAUCACGGCGGGCACGGUGGCCAUUUGUUGAGCGCCUCCGCGUUUCAUGGCGGCCCACCAACGGCGGCGGCGGCAACAACAACAACACUAUUCAAGGAUCCCUUUGGCGGUGCCAAAAUCGGCAGCAUGCAUGGCGUUAAUGUGAUAGGCCUCAACAUGCCGGGGCAACAAGUGCCUUUGACCGCCGUUACGGCUGGCACCACAUGCGGUGCUGCGAGGAUGCCCUCACCGCUACCAAAUCAUCCGUCAGGUUCAACGGCGGCAACCACGCAGACAUCGCUAAUGCUAACCAGCGGUGGGCCAGCGGUCAUAAGCUCCGACUACUUGAGCGUGCCGCCUAUACAAAGUUUACAGCCGCGUGCUGCCACAACGGGUCAUGACUUUAUGCUGCCAUUGCAACCUAAGUUGUUAGCGCCAUUAGAAUGCAAAGACCAUCACCAACUACAACUUGCACCCCAACAUUUACCCGGCGCCGAUGGCAAUCACAACGGUGUUCAAUUACCACAUCAGUAUACACAAGCGCCCUACCACAUAACGGGCGCGCAUCACUGCACUGGCGCCGUGGGCGGUGGCAGCACCGACAACAUCAGCGGCAGCCACUCGGGCAGUCGUUCAGCGUUGAAUGUGCCACCCACAAUCAGCGUGGCCUCGGCACAAAUGCCACCCGGUGUACGCACACCCAAUCUCAGUGCACGCGCCGCACAAAUAUUGGCCGCACAGCAAAUGCGUGAAGCUGCCUCGGCUGCCGCCACCAAUGCAGCUGCUGCUGCUGCUGCUGGUCACCAUACAAGUGGCUGUAAUAUAACGAUUGCGGUCAAUGAUGGCAGCAAUAAUGGUGGUGCGGCGCUGCCGCUGGACAAGGAGAGCGCGGCACAGCAACAUUAUCAUCAGCAAACACAAUGUUCACCGCAAUGCGUACAAAGUCCGCAAAAGCAAUAUCAACAGCAGCAGCAGCAGCAACAACAACAACAGCAACAACACUACCAACAGCAACAUCAACAGCAACAUCAUCACCGUACACCGCCGAAGGUGACGCUGCUGGACGACGGUUGCAGCAGCGAUUACGCCAAUGCGACGGAUGAGGGUGAGGAAGACUACGAGAGCCGUAAUGGCAGUGUUAAUGAGUACACAAAUGGCGGUGAUAUAGAUGCUGGUGCUGGCGGUGGUGGUGGUGGUGGUCGCAGCGGUGGUGGCGGCGGCGGCAUUCGUAUUUACGGCACCGAUUUGCGCUGAUUGCGGGAUAUCGGUUGGAAAUUUCCACUUUAAAUGUACACGUAUGUGUAUGUGCGGAAGAGUGGAAAGAUAGAUA